AACUAUUGAUAACGUUGGCAACAUUGUUUAUUAUUGUUUACAUUCCUGCAAGUACUUGUUUUUGAAUUCGGCUACUGAUAUUCAACGGAAUUGUUCGAAUUUAGAACAUUUUCAGCGGAAUAUCUGCUCAAAAUAGUGAUUAUGUUCGGUUCAGUUCGUCUAAAAUCAUAUAUUUUAUAUUAUUUCACCAUCGAGUUCAUCACAACGUAGUAUUCAUGAGUUACAACGAAAAACUUAUUGUGUUCGAUUUAGAUUAUACGUUAUGGCCGUUACACGUAGACGAAUGUGCUACCCCUUUUUCCACAAACCAACAAAAUCGAGCUGUAAUGGACAACUUUGGCCGUGUUUGUUAUCUGUAUUCGGAUACACUUAAAAUACUGAGUUUUCUCAAGAAGAAGAAUUACACCAUAGCUAUCGCAUCCAGAGCAGAGAAUAUUUGCGGCUCUUAUCAACUUCUACAGUUGUUCGGAAUAGCAGACUAUUUUAGGUAUAAAGAAAUCUAUCCCGGUAGUAAAGUUCAGCAUUUCACAGUACUAAGGGCGAAAUCCAACGUCGAUUAUAAAGAUAUCAUAUUCUUCGAUAACGAUGGUAGAAACAUCAGAGAUGUGCAGAAACUCGGUGUCAAUUGUGUACUGUUAACUGAAGAGAUCUCGUUUAAAUUUAUAUUAUCGAUAUUAAACCCGAAGAAGAAGAAAUGAUUCGUGGUUCAGUUCCUAUUAUCGUGUAUGUUAAUUCGUAAAAUAAUCGUUCGUUUUGUUUUCAUUCUUUCAUAUUGUGUUUUUUUUUUCUACAUCGAGUAUUGAAAUACGCUAUUUUCUCAAUUUUGUAAUUGUGAUAUGUAUUUAAGUCGAAUUAUUUAAUAAAUUUUUCUAUCUGUG